GGAGAGUUGUAACAUGAUAUAGUGAGUAAUCUUUUUAUCUCCACCAGUCUCUGCUACCUUAUUUAGUUAUAUUGAAUUAUUAUGUACUUGCUGCUGGGCUCUCUAUUCUGAUUCAUUUAUUUGUCAUUCUCUUCUUGCCUUAAUUACACACUUAAAAAAUAAUAGCAUUGAAGAAAAAAAUUUAAAAAUAAAAAAAUAAAAAUUAUAGCAUUGCUAGUCAGAAAUGCCAAAGAAGUUACUAUCAGACUCAUUUGGUGUUAUAAGUAGGACAUGGUCUAAGCUGCUGUAACAGAGAGACGCCAAAACACAGAGGCUCAAAUAAAAUGGAAGCUUUUUGGUAUUUUGUGUAAUGGUGUAGAGGUCUGUGAAAUCCAGAGCUGGAGAGGCAGCCCUUCUCCACCAUCAUCUGGGGACCCAGGCUCCUUCUACCCUGUAGCUCUGCCAGCCCCCAGGGAGCCGUCCUGGUCUGUGUGGGUGAAGCUGUCUCACCCCCACAUCCAUGCUCGUCUGUGGGAAAGGGGGUGGUGGAAGUCCUAGGAAAGUGCCUUUGCCUUUGAGCUCAUGAACUAGAAAUGGUGCAUCACUUUUUCUUCCAUCCCUUUUAUUUAGACUAAAUCUACCACAAGAGAAGCCACAUCUGCCUUCAAGAGAAGCUGGGAAAUAUGGUAUCAAACUGGGUGGACAUGGAUUUGGCUAAAUUUUGGGAGGAUCUCUUAAUAAAAAGAAGAAGAAUGGGUACCAAGAACAACUAAUGGUCUUUGCCUCAGUCCAGCAUUCAUAGUUACAAAUAAUCAUAUUUAACAGGAAAGUAAUGAUCAUUUUUGUCAAGUGAAAAAUCAACCUUUGGGUAUGAAAAUAAAAUACAAAUAUAUCCUGAUUUUUGGUUUUAGAUGGCCAAUAACCUAUGUGCCAGGUAGCAUUCCAUGCCAAUCUUGAAUGCCAAGAGGAAGUCACUGGACAGCAAAUCUCUUCCAGGAUCAGAACUGGGCUAUUGGAGUAACCCAAGAAAGAAGAAAAAAUAAUUGAAGCCAUGGCCAAAGGAACUAGAGUUCGGUCUACCUCUCCUCCCGAUGGAGGCUGGGGCUGGAUGAUCGUGGCUGGCUGUUUCCUUGUUACCAUCUGCACCCGGGCAGUCACCAGAUGUAUUUCAAUUUUUUUUGUGGAGUUCCAGACAUACUUCACUCAGGAUUAUGCACAAACGGCUUGGAUCCAUUCCAUUGUAGAUUGUGUGACCAUGCUCUGUGCUCCUCUUGGGAGUGUUGUCAGUAACCACUUAUCCUGUCAAGUGGGAAUCAUGCUGGGUGGCUUGCUUGCAUCUACUGGUCUCAUCCUGGGCUCAUUUGCCACCAGUCUGAAGCAUCUCUACCUCACUCUGGGAGUUCUUACAGGCCUUGGGUUUGCACUGUGUUACUCCCCAGCGAUUGCAAUGGUCGGCAAGUAUUUCAGCAGACGGAAAGCCCUGGCUUAUGGGAUCGCCAUGUCCGGAAGCGGCAUUGGCACCUUCAUUCUGGCUCCUGUGGUUCAGCUCCUUAUUGAACAGUUUUCCUGGCGGGGAGCCUUACUCAUCCUCGGGGGCUUCGUUCUAAAUCUCUGUGUUUGCGGUGCCUUGAUGCGGCCUAUUACUCUGAAAGAGGACCAGACAACCCCAGAGCAGAACCACAUCGGUAGAACUCAGAAACAAGACUUUAAGCGAGUGUCUCCCUGCUCCACUUUGACUAAAAAAUGGGUGCAUACCUGCCUCGGUUGCUCUUUGCAGCAGGAAUACAGCUUUUUACUGAUGUCGGACUUCAUCGUGUUAGCCAUCUCUGUUCUCUUUAUGGCUUAUGGCUGCAGUCCCCUCUUUGUGUACUUGGUACCUUACGCUCUGAGUGUCGGAGUGAGUCACCAGCAAGCCGCUUUCCUCAUGUCCAUACUUGGGGUGAUUGACAUUAUUGGCAAUAUCACGUUUGGAUGGCUAACUGACAGAAGGUGCCUGAAGAAUUACCGGUAUGUCUGCUACCUCUUUGCCGUGGGACUAGAUGGGCUCUGCUAUCUCUGCCUCCCAAUGCUUCAAAGUCUUCCCCUGCUCGUGCCUUUCUCUUGUACCUUUGGCUACUUCGAUGGUGCCUAUGUGACUCUGAUUCCCGUAGUGACUGCAGAAAUAGUGGGGACCACUUCUUUGUCCUCAGCGCUCGGUGUGGUAUACUUCCUUCAUGCAGUGCCGUACCUGGUGAGCCCACCCAUCGCAGGACGGCUCGUCGACAUGACUGGGAGCUACACCGCGGCAUUUCUUCUCUGUGGAUUUUCAAUGAUACUGAGUUCUGUGUUGCUUGGCUUCGCUAGACUUGUAAAGAAGAUGAGAAAAACCCAGCUGCGGUUCCUUGCCAAAGAAUCUGACCCUAAGCUGCAGCUAUGGACCAACGGAUCGGUGGCUUACUCUGUAGCAAGAGAGUUAGAUCACAAAGAUGAGCAAUCCGUGGUUCUAACAGCACCUCGUUACAGCCCCACACGACCAAUGGCUUGAGCCUGGGAACCUUCAGGGCUGAGAGAGGGGGGACCACUGGGUUGUACGUGUCUCGGAAGCGUUUAAUUUUGACAGAAGCAUUGCUUUCCAAAGAAAUUAUUCUUAUUGUUUUAUUAACAUGUUUAUAGGGGAAAAUAGCAACAAAACAAGCUUGACCAGCUCAGAGUUUCCUCAUUUGGGAUUUGUACAAUCUUUCAGGCAAUGAGCAUCACUCUAUGGAGAAUGUUAGGACACUGCUGCUAUAAUUAGCUGUAAUUAGGGGUAAUUACAAAGCAUGACCAAAGCAGAUGACAUUGGGAAGCUUUGUUGCAAACUCUCUGCCCCUCCAUCUCACUCCCUCAGUUAGAAUGUAAACAGAAACAGUGACAUGUAGAUUUGCUUACUUUAUGCUUUUUUGGAGAAAGGGGUCUGUAUUAAUCACUGCCUUUUGAGAAAUCUAAAGCAUUCUUCCACAACUCCAUGUAAAACCCUAAUGAGAAACUCCACUAUGAGACAGGUUUGGCAUCUUCACCUUCCACCUCCACGGAAAGCUUUCUUCCUAAGGCUGAGCCCCUCACCUCUGAUCAGGCACUCACCUCUGUUACUAUCACAUAUAAUACUGAAUUUAACCGAAUACACCAAGUCACAAGUGUGAUUUCUAAAUCUUACCUGAAAUGUUAACACCAACACUUCCUUCUCUCUCUCUUUUUUUUUUCAUUAGAAACAAAGCUUUUAUUUGAAUUGUACACACAUUCCUGCUAGGAACUGAAAAAUGUUGGCAGUAUUCCAACUGGGCAGGAAUUGAAUUCUUGAAUCAGCAGGUCUCUGAUGGGAGUUUUCUUUUCAGAUCAGACAUUUUGGUUCAUCAUUACCCAAAACAGAACUUGGGAGGUUAGCCUGAAAAAUAUUCUAAAGGUGAGAUUCCUUUCUCCCUGUGUUAAUUCUUGUUCCAAUGUCCACUGCUCUUGACCUCUUUAUGGAUAAUCAUUAGAAACUUGAUGGGCCUCUUCAGCUGAGUAAGAAGGCUUCAGGGGUUCAGCUCAGCAUCAGAGCACUCUCAUUAAUUAGAGCUUUGGUCAGGGGAGAGAGAAGAGAAGGUUAAGAAGGCUACUGGUGUGAUACUUUACAGUUCAUAGAACUCUUUCACAUACCUACACCCACUGGAUUAGAAUAGUUUACUCAUUCUCAAGUACUCUGUUUUCCUAUAGUUUGGAAUAAUUUCUGACUUUCCAGAGGGAGAACACGGGAGAGAAGAGAAAGGCCAGAUCCCCCAGCUUGUCUCCAACCACUUUAAAUCCGCAGAAUGAUAGUGCUACAUCCCCAAAUCAUGUCAUACCUGUAAAUUAGGAGCAAUUACACAACUGAAAGGGGAUUUUAACUAUUGAAAAAUUUUAAAUCUGAACCUUAAAGAAAUAUUUUGACCCUGAAAGCCAUUUAACCCACUGUCCCUCGGGAGGCCUCACAAACACCAGCACUGAAGAAGAUCCUGGGUUGACUAAGCAUGUGUAGCAAGAGUCUUUGCCUAUAACUGGAUUAUUUCAUAAAGUUACAUAUUAAUACAUUGCUUUCAGAAUGAAACACUGACUUGAUUUAAUGGAAGAAAGCUGUAGUAUUUCAUAGUUGUUUUCCAAAGAUAAAUUUGAAUGUUGCCUGUUAUCUUUUUACUUAAAGACUUUAGUUUAGGGGCGCCUGUGUGGCUCAGUCGUUAAGCGUCUGCCUUCGGCUCAGGUCAUGAUCCCAGGGUCCUGGGAUCAAGCCCCGCAUCGGGCUCCCUGCUCUGCGGGAAGCCUGCUUCUCCCUCUCCCACUCCCCCUGCUUGCGUUCCCUCUCUCGCUCUGUCUCUCUCUGUCAAAUAAAUAAAUAAAAUCUUUAAAAAAAAAAAGACUUUAGUUUAAACCCAUUUACUUUGUCACUUGCAAUUUUAAAACAAUAUUUGGGAAAAUAUCUGUAAAAAGUCAAAGUUAAAAUGAACUUAUGUGUGUUUGGAACAGCACUUUACA